UCGGUGACCGCACCAUGUCCGAGUGAUGGGCUGCGGGACGAGUAAAGUGCUGCCAGAGCCACCGAGGAACUGCUGCGUGGAUUUUGUGAAGACCGUGGUGAAGUGCAAGCCGAAGGUGUGCGAGGAGGGGCCGCUGACAGCGGGAUCCAAAGGGGUGGACAGCGGGCAGAGCGAUGCGAGCUGCUCCGAUGGAGUGAGGAGAACCCGGGUGGCCAAGUACAGAGCCAAGUUCGAUCCCAAAGUGAUAGCAAGGUAUGACAUCAAGGCUCUUAUUGGGCGAGGAAGCUUCAGCAGAGUGGUGAGAGUUGAACACAGAGCCACCAAACAGCCUUUUGCCAUCAAAAUGAUAGAAACAAAAGCUAAAGAAGGAAAGGAAGUAUGCGAGUCUGAGCUGAAUGUGCUGAGGAGAGUGAGCCAUCGGAACAUCAUUCAGUUGAUCGAGGUUUUUGAGACCCAGGAUCGUAUCUACAUGGUGAUGGAACUGGCUACCGGUGGAGAACUUUUUGACCGCGUCAUUGCCAAAGGAUCAUUUACAGAGAGAGAUGCAACAAGGGUAUUGCAGAUGGUUUUAGAUGGAGUCAGGUACUUACAUACCUUGGGAAUUACACACAGAGAUUUGAAACCAGAAAAUCUCCUGUAUUAUCACCCAGGUUCAGACUCCAAGAUCCUUGUCACUGACUUUGGACUAGCUAAUUCUGGGAAUAAAGGUGGAGAUUGGUCCAUGACAACCACUUGUGGGACACCAGAGUACAUUGCACCUGAAAUUCUGUUGAGAAAACCUUACACCAAUGCAGUAGAUAUGUGGGCUUUAGGUGUAAUCUCCUAUAUUUUGCUGAGUGGAACUAUGCCAUUUGAAGAUGAAAACCGGACGAGGCUUUACAGAAUGAUUCUGAAAUGCGAGUACAGUUAUGUAGGUGAGCCAUGGCCAAAUGUGUCUAACCUUGCCAAGGACUUCAUUGAUAAACUAAUCACAAUAGACCCAAAUGAGAGAAUGGCAGCUGCACAAGCUUUGAAACAUCCAUGGGUUGUGACAAUGGCGGCUUCGUCCUCUAUGAAGAACCUACAUCGGUCAAUCUCUCAGAAUUUGAUGCGGAUGACAUCUUCCCAUAGUCCAAGCUCUAAGUCAGCGCAGUCUACCAGGUCAAGCCGUUCCAGCAAGUCACGUCGUUUACAUGAGAAGGAAAUCCAGGAGUUUAACCUGUGGUACCAGCAACAUAUUGUUCAAUAA